AAUGUCGGCUUAUUGCUUGUUGCCACACAAAAAACAAGAAAGAACUACAAAACACCCAAAAUCCAAAAUUUAUUUAUUUAAAAACCGGUGAAGUUUCACUAUUUUUGUGAAUUAAAUCAUGUUUGGUGCGUGUUAGUUAUUUAAAUGAAAGUGAAUUUACGUCUUGUCAACUAUUCUUUUUGUUGAUGGCGAAACAUGGAAAAGUGAGGUUAGGCCGUCAUGUGCUCACUUUUUUUCGGAUUUUUGAAUGUCAUGUUUACUUUAUUUGUCAAAAAAUAAUUCUGGAAGUGAUUUUAGUUAUAUAAACUGCUUUUCCACAUUUUUCGAGUGUGUUUAGUAUAAAUUAACGAUGAAAUUUUACGUGGAAUCUGUCUCAAAGUGUGCCCAACGUUUGGGGACUCUUUCAGAGAUCGAUGCGAAGCCUUCUGUCUGUAUAAAGACUCCAGCUGUGAUGCUCCACACACAGGGCGGUCAAAUCCCCCACAUCACACAUGAAGUGUUCAAACUGGUCAGUAGGGACCCCCAGAUCUUGCAGAUCCCCUUAGCAGGGAUGCACACAUUUAAAGAAGCGAUGCAGUAUUACGAAGGGACCAUUUCGAAUUUUAUUGGUUGUAAAGACAGCCUGACUUGUCUGACGCUUCAAGACCCUUGUAAUAUCACCAAGCAGGGGCACAAUUCCACGUUGAAAGUCCCCAUAUGGACCAAAAACGGCAAGGUAUAUUACGACGCGAAGAGUUACAUGGAUGUGGUGGAGUCUUUCAAGCCUGACAUUUAUUUCUUGCUCUCUGAUGGAGACACCAAUAUCAGCAGUUCUGAAAAACGCAUUUCAAAAUCAGUCAAUAAUACAGUCAGUUUCUACAAGGAGUGUUUGGAGAGACAUCGAAAAUCAGAAAGUUUAGCCAAGUCGUUCGUCAUUGCACCUGUAGUAGGGGGUUAUAAACACUUAGCUAGGGAAAAGUUUAUCAAAUCUAUACUAGGAGACGUCAAAGAUGUAGGUGGGUUUUUAAUAGAUGGACUUCAUAAUAACGGUCCCGAAGCCGAAUUUUUGGAAUUUGCUGAGAUUGAACCCGUCGUGAGGGGUAUUUUGAAUAAACUACCCACUGAUAAGUUACGCGUUAUUCAAGGCUGUUGGAACCCAGUAAAUGUUAUCAAUUUGGUGGAAAUGGGGGUUGACUUGUUUGAUUCCUCAUAUUGUCAUAUUCUCACAGAAAGGUCAGCAGCGAUGACUUUUGCAAUAGAACCAACAGAUCAGACAGACACUUAUGAAAUAAAUCUAAGAGACGCAAAAUAUUUAGACGACUUUCAGCCGAUUUUAACUGGUUGUAAUUGCACGACUUGUACUAAAUAUUCAAGGGCGUAUAUACACCACUUGUUAUCAGUUCAUGAGCUUCUGGGGCCAAUCCUCGUAAUGAUACACAAUGUGUACCAUUAUUUACGAUUUUUCGAAAAAAUACGGAAUUGUGUGAAAUCAAAUACCCUGCAAGUGCUUCAAGUGAGUAUAACCGAACAGUUCAGGAACCACCAAAAAGUGAAGUAACGGGACACCAAAUUGUACUAAAAUUCAUGUGUUGUAAGACUUGUUUUUCUAUUAUUUUUGAAUAAAUUGUCUGUUUUUAA